UGGUGCCUGCCGGGGUGCACGCCCAACGGGUCGGUGGGAAGAGGAGAGGAGCUGGUGGCUAAGGCUGCACCCCCAGCCAAACCUCCUCCCGCCGGGGCUGCCUCAGUGACCCCACCUUCACUCCAGGGCCCCACAGGCCCUCGCUGCCCCUUCCACCGGGCCCCUGCACUUGCACACCUCUCACACCCAGAGGAAACAGGCCCGAACGCGGGCCCGAGGUCCCACAGAGCAGUAAAGUCAGGCCCAUGGGCCAGGGACUGCAUCCCCACGUGGGCUCCCUCACCAGGAGCACCGACUUCUGGUCUCCACGGCCCUGGAGGUUCUGGGGCUAGGCCUGCACAAAAGAGAGGGCUGUGGCCAUAAGAGGCUGCGCCUGUCCCGGCUCAGGCGCAGGGUCCAGUGCCGGUCCCAGGAGUGCCAGCAUGCCAUGUGGUGGCCGUGGCAGGUCAAUGGGUGGCACUCUGGAGGCCCCUGCAGCCCUGGCCCCCUGCCCUGUAGUUGCCAGCAUGUCCACCGUCCUCCCUCUCAGCUGAGGGCUCCCCACAGGCAGAGGCUGUAUCCCAGGAAAGCAGGGAAGCCUUGACUAGGGAGGAAGCGCAAAGGAAUUGAGCCUCUGGGCCCCGUGGGGUCAGGUUACCUCACAACUGUAGGAGGAAGGGACACGUGCUGACCUGACGUGCUGCCAGAAGGGGCCACCCCACCGUGGGUAGGUGCCUAUGGUGUCCUCUGUGGGCCACUCCACCGUGGUGCGUCCAGCUGCUUGACUUUCCGCAUACCCCUCACCCCACCCAUCUCUCCCGUAGUUCUGUCCUUGGAACCAACUACCUCCUCCCUCCUUCCACUCUGAUACCUGCUUGCCUAACUCUGCUCGUCCUCUUAGGGUCACACUGCUCGGCAUGCCUGGGUGCACCUGCGAGUGGAAAACGUCGGGAGGCAUUCCCACUGGGCACAGCCGAGGGACCAGCAGAGAUCCUGACUCUCCGGGUGGGACCCUGGGAACCAGCUUUUCUGGGUCUCCCCUCCUUUCCCUCCCUGUGGCAUUGUGAGGCCUCAGGCUGCAAAAGGCAGGGUUUCCCUUCCAGAAUGGGGCGGGGGGCUUGACUAAGACCCAGGGUCAGCCAGGCAGGGACAGGGAUGGAGGGGACUGGAGGAGCGGCGACGUGGGGGUCCUGACCCGCACGCAGCCUGAGCAGAGAGGGCGACCCCGGGAGCGGGCGCCAGGCCCGCGGCGGAUCGAGGGGCGGCCGGGAGACUGGCCCCGCCCCGCAGACCCCGCGCGGGUCCCCAGACUGGGGGUGGCGCUGCGGGCGCGGGCGGGCGCCGCGCGCACUGCGGUCCCCGCGCCUCCGCCGCAGAGCGCGCCACGCUCCGCACGCACCUGCCGUCGCGCCGCGCCGCGCCAAGCCCCGCGCCCAGCGCCCCGCGCCCUCGGGAGCCGCCGCGCCGCGCCAUCACCGGAGGUCGCCGCCGCAGCCGCUGGGCAGAGGCGCGGGCACUGCAUCCGGGCCUGCCUUUGAGACAACCUCUGCGGCGGCGGCGCGCGCGGCCCGGGGACGCCAGGCUGGGGCAGCUUGGGCCUGGUCCAGGCCUCUCCGCUGACGCCGCCGCCGAGCCCGCGGCCCGCGUCCUUUUGCAGCCAGGGUUCAGCCUAGCUGCCUUCCCUCGGCGCCCUGUCCUGGAGCCAUGGGGCCCACCUAGCCCCUGCCUGCCCGGAUGUCCCGGCCCGGGGACUGCUGACCUCGGCUGCAGGGGGAGCGCUCCCCCAGCUCCCUUGCCAGCCUCAGCAGCCAGAGACCCUGGGUGAGCCCCGAGGCCAGACCUCCGGCCCAGCGCAGCCUCCCAUACCCCCCAGCCCCCGCCCCCCGCCCCCGCCCCUUCCUCCUCCUCCUCCCAGGACUGGAUCAGAGAAGUCACUGUGGCCACUGGGGGGGGCCCUGCCCCCCCAGGUCUCACCGGCCGCCCCCAGGAGUCCACGGGGCGGCCGGGGUCCCCACCAGGCCUGGCAGGACCAGAAUGCUGCCCCUUCUCCUCCCCCCCGGCUUCACCCAACGCCCCCACCCACCCGAACACCCAGUCUGACUGGAGACAGCCGGAUGCCGGCUGACCCUGGGCCCGAGGCGGGCAGUGGCUGGCCGGGCCUCCUCAUGUCCUGCCUGAAGGGCCCCCAUGUCAUCCUCAAGAUGGAGGCCAUGAAGAUUGUCCACCCUGAGAAGUUCCCCGAGCUGCAAACGGCUGCCCCCUGCUUCCCACCUGCACCUCGGCCUGCCCCUGCUCUGGCACCCAAGCGUGCGUGGCCCUCAGACACGGAGAUCAUCGUCAACCAGGCAUGUGGGGGGGACAUGCCUGCCUUGGAAGGGGCACCCCGCACACCACCCCUGCCACGGAGGCCCCGCAAGGGCAGCGCGGAGCUGGGCUUCCCCCGAGUGGCACCAGCGGACGAGGUCAUCGUAAAUCAGUACGUGAUGCGGCCUGGCCCUGCUGCCUCGGGGGCCUCCACGGCGGCAGCCCCAGCUGUGGGUGAGCCCCUGGAGUGCCCCACGUGCGGGCACACGUACAACGUCACCCAGCGGCGGCCACGCGUGCUGUCCUGCCUGCACUCUGUGUGCGAGCAGUGCCUGCAGAUCCUCUACGAGUCCUGUCCCAAGUACAAGUUCAUCUCCUGUCCCACCUGCCGCCGUGAGACUGUGCUCUUCACUGACUACGGCCUGGCUGCGCUGGCCGUCAACACGUCCAUCUUGAGCCGCCUGCCACCCGAGGCCCUGACUGCCCCAUCUGGUGGCCAGUGGGGGGGUGAGCCUGAGGGCAGCUGCUACCAGACCUUCCGGCAGUACUGUGGGGCUGCGUGCACCUGCCACGUGAGGAACCCGCUAUCUGCCUGCUCCAUCAUGUAGUGCCCACCCGCCUGCUGGUCCUUGCUCGCCGCUUCUUCAGGGAUCUGGCCCUACCUGUUGCCCGCUGACCCCUCACCCACCACAGCUUCUGGCCCCCACCGUGUGGCAUUGUCACUGCAGCCAACUUUGCCAUUAAAACUCUUUGCCAAAGUUUGC